AAGCUAGCAUGGUCUGAGGGGGGUAGGCUGGGAGAAGCUAAAGUUGCUCCUCGCUCCCUUUGAUUGAUGUUUAUCCAGCCUUCCCGCGAUGACAGCUUGGAAACUCUCCGGCAGGAAGCGGCGCACGUAGGGUCGAGAUGAGUAAGCAGAGGCAAAGAUGUUAGGAGCAGAACGGUCCUGGGGGUUUCUUCUGACUUUGGCGGCCGCCCUGCACCUCUCGAGGUCUGCGGGGAGCGCCGCGUUCAGCGCCAACCUGCUCCAUUCCAACGCCAUCAAGAACUUGCCGCCGGGGGGCGCUGUGGCGGAGGCGGGUUCCCCAGUGAGCGUCGCCCCGAGGGACUCCGGGCUGCGGGACUUGAGCAACAACGCCCCGGCUGGGGAGGCACAUCAGCCUUCAUCGUGCCGCGGGGACCAGGACUGCAAAGCCGAUGAGUUCUGCUCCGUCCCGGGCCGCGGGGGGCUCCUCGGGGGCCAAGCCUGCCUCGCGUGCCGGAGACGCCGCAAGCGCUGCCUCCGCGACGCCAUGUGCUGCCCCGGCAGCCGCUGCAGCAACGGAAUGUGUAUGCCAUCAGAACACGAUCACUUUCAUCCUGGGGAUAUCGAGGAGACGGUGCUAGAGAACUUUGACCAUGGCACUCUGUACCCUCAUCCCAAAAGAACCACAUCUUCAUCCCAACUACACUAUCUGAAAGGUCAAGAAGGUGCCGUCUGCCUUCGCUCUUCGGAUUGUGCCACCGGCCUGUGCUGCGCACGCCACUUCUGGUCCAAGAUUUGCAAACCUGUCCUUCAGGAAGGCCAAGUGUGUACAAAACACCGAAAAAAGGGAUCUCACGGUUUGGAGAUCUUCCAGCGAUGUUACUGUGCAGAUGGGCUGGUGUGUCGGCUACAGAGAGACCACAGCACCAGCAACACUUCCAGACUGCACACCUGCCAGAGACACUAGCUGGUGCUUUCUGAGAAGACCUGAUGGACUUGAUAGACUUUCUAACGAGGUGUGGAGACUCCUAUUGUUCUGGAAGAUCACCUCCCAAAGACUGACACAUUUUAGAGUUUACAUUUAAAGUACUCUGGCAACUCCUCUUUCUGGAGCUGGAGUGAAGAAGUUCGUUUCUUUAAGGAACUACUUUUUUUCCAAGUGACUGAUUUACAGUAAAUUACUGUGUCUGUACAUUCUUUGGGUGUGGCACUUCUGUACAUGAGCAGGGAUUUCUGGUUUUUUGUUCCUUGAGUGCUGCAUGAUUCUGUCUAUUGUGACAUGUUUUGUACACACUGGUUUUAUUAUAUUUGUGAAAUAAAUUACUUCUCCAUAUA